AUGUCUGGAUGCGUUUCUGGUGUUGUCAUUGUCGCUCCUUGCGUAGACCAUUUUAUCGAAGUUCAGGACGAUGGGGCGGCGGGCGUGGUGGAGGAGGAAAAAGAUGCAAAGCAGCAUCAGCAAGCAUACACAACUACUAUAACAUCAAUUACUCUUACUCAUCGAUUGUUGUCGACAUUAUCACGACCACCACUGGUAUAUCAUUCGGAGGAUGCGAGUGGGGAGCAUCGAGAAAAAAAUCGUCAAAGGGAACCGGUGAAGUUCCAUGUUAAUGCAAACCUAUUUGGUAUUGAAUCAGAAACGCACGAUGAACGUUAUAAUUCGUGGAAAGACGGCCUUAGGAUUCAAUGA